AAACUGUUGAGAUGCUCUAUUGGGAAAAUAACGUGUGGGUCUCCCAGCUCAAGGCGUUUUGACCAGCUCCACCAUGGAAAGCUGCAGCAGCAAUGCUUCCACUAAAGUCUUUUUCUUGGUGGGGUUUCCAGCUCUCCAGGAUUUCCAGACCCCCCUCUUCAUUGUGUUCUUGCUAUUCUACCUGCUGAUCAUGGUUGGUAAUGCCAUUAUCAUCACCGUGGUUGUGGUCGACCAUACGCUUCACAAACCCAUGUACUUUUUCCUGAUUAACCUCGCUGUGUUAGACAUGCUGUUCACAACCACCACCAUCCCCAAAAUGCUGGCGAUGUUCCUGGCCAACGCUAAAACCAUCUCGUUUCGGGGCUGUUUUCUGCAGAUGUACAGUUUUCACGGACUCACGGUAACUGAGGCACUUCUCCUGGUGGUCAUGGCUUAUGACCGCUACGAAGCCAUCUGCAACCCCCUCCAGUACCCGGCCAAGAUGACAAGAAGAGUGAACAUCCAGCUGGCAGCGAGUGCCUGGAUCACUGCACUGCUAAUACCUGUACCCGUCGUCACGCAGACCUCUCGGCUAGCUUACGGACACACAACCACGGUUCACCACUGCUUUUGUGACCACCUGGCAGUGGUACAAGCUGCGUGUUCAGACUUCAGUGCCAAUUUCCAGACCUUCUUGGGGUUCUCCAUCGCUAUGACAGUGUCGGUUGUCCCUCUGUUGCUCGUCACCCUCUCAUACAUCCACAUCAUCCUCUCUGUACUAAAAAUCAACUCUAAAGAAGGACGCAUGAAAGCUUUUUCAACAUGUACUUCCCAUCUGCUUGUGGUGGGCACUUACUACUCCUCCAUUGUUGUGGCGUACGUGUCCUACAGAGCGGACAUCCCCGUUGAUGUCCAUGUCAUGAGCAACGUUGUCUUCUCUAUUUUGACUCCCUUGUUAAACCCCAUCAUUUACACUUUACGGAACAAGGAAGUAAAGUCUGCAGUUAAAAAGUCUAUUUUUCUG